AUGAUUGUAUCCAACUUGACUGUGGGCACUUGUACGAGGACAAACAGCGCGUUGUGCUCCAGUGCCGGGGACGGACAUUCGGAGGCGACCUCUUUUCGCACCCUGAGUCCGACUGGACACUUGGUCGUAGCUGUUUGCUUGGGCUUCAUCGGCACUUUCGGAUUCCUGAAUAACCUGCUAGUUCUUGUCCUGUUCUGCCGCUACAAGGUGCUGCGGUCUCCCAUCAACCUGCUGCUUAUUAAUAUUUCCUUCAGUGAUCUUCUGGUGUGCGUCGUGGGCACGCCGUUCAGCUUCGCCGCGAGCACGCAAGGACGAUGGCUCAUCGGGAAAAGUGGAUGUGUGUGGUACGGCUUUGCCAAUUCUCUGUUAGGCAUUGUAUCCCUCAUCUCCCUUGCUGUGCUCUCUUACGAGCGUUAUUGCACUAUGAUGGGUGCCACAGAAGCAGAUGCCACUAACUACAGGAAGGUGGCACUGGGGGUCCUGCUGUCCUGGGUUUACUCUCUUGUCUGGACUGUUCCUCCGCUCUUUGGCUGGAGUCGUUACGGUCCCGAGGGGCCAGGGACCACCUGCUCUGUGGACUGGAUGGCCAAGACGAGCAACAAUAUCUCUUACAUCAUCUGCCUUUUUAUUUUCUGUCUUAUCCUCCCUUUCCUGGUAAUAGUGUACUGCUAUGGUAAGCUGCUGCAUGCAAUCAAACAGAUGAGUGGAGUGAACACGACAAUGGGUCGGAAGCGGGAGCAUCGCGUCCUCCUCAUGGUCAUUACCAUGGUGGUUUGCUACCUUCUGUGCUGGCUGCCGUACGGGAUCAUGGCCUUGCUGGCCACCUUUGGGGCUCCAGGACUAGUGACACCUGAGGCAAGCAUUGUACCCUCCCUUCUGGCCAAGACUAGCACUGUCAUCAACCCCGUCAUCUACAUAUUCAUGAACAAACAGUUUUACAGGUGUUUCCGAGCCCUACUGAAAUGUGAGACGCCACAGAGAGGUUCCAGCUUCAAGAGUUCUUCUAGGGCAAACAAGCCUGUUCGAGCUGUGCGACGCGCAGACAACAACUUCACUUUCAUUGUGGCCUCAGUCGGACAGGCCACCACUGUGGUGCAUAACCAGGCUGACAACUUGGAGGAAAGACCCCCUUCCACAGAUUCUGCCAAACCAGCAGUGGUUUCCCUGGUAGCCCACUACAAUGGCUGA